CCGCGCGGGGUCGCAGGUGAGAGGUCGGCAAGAUGGCGGCGGCCUGAGGGGCGCGGGGUGGCGGCGAUGGCGCUGAGCGGAGUGCGGCGGGCGGUGGCCCUGGGCUUCCGCAGGGGCCUGGCCGAGGCGGCGGGCCCGCGGAGCACCCGCCAGCUGCGGGAGGCCGAGGAGGCCGCCCCGGUCUUCCAGUACGUGGGGAAGGCGGCCGAGAGGAAGGACCGCGUCUUCGUCUGGGGCUUCUGCUACUCGGGCGCCCUGGGCGUCCCCAGCUUCGUGAAGCCGGACGUGGGCUGGAAGAAGCCGCGGCGGAUCCAACCCACGCCCUACCGGCUGGAAACGGAGGAGAAGAUAUCCUCUGCCGCCUGUGGUUAUGGAUUCACACUGCUGUCCUCUACUACCACAGACAUCACCAAGGUGUGGGGCAUGGGGCUGAACAAGGAUUCCCAGCUUGGAUUCCAGAGAAGCAGAAGAGAUCAAACUAAGGGCUAUGAAUAUGUCUUGGAACCAUCUCCAAUUCCAUUACCACUGGAGAAGCCGCAGCAUACUCGAGUCUUGCAGGUUUCCUGUGGGAGAGCCCAUUCUCUGAUCUUGACAGACAGUGAAGGAGUUUUCACCAUGGGGAAUAAUUCUUACGGGCAAUGUGGCCGGAAGGUUGUUGAAGAUGAAACUUACAGUGAAAGCCAUCUAAUUCAUCAGCUGAAGGAGUUUGACAGCAGAGUUGUCCAGGUUGUGUGCGGGCAGGACCACAGCCUCUUUAGAACAGAGAAAGGUGCGGUCUAUGCAUGCGGAUGGGGAGCUGAUGGACAAACAGGUCUUGGACACUACGACAUCACCAGUGUUCCUACUAAGCUACGCGGUGACAUUGCUGGAGUAAACAUUAUCCAGGUCUCUUCCUAUGGGGACUGUUGUCUGGCUGUUUCAGAUGAGGGAGACGUCUUUGGUUGGGGAAAUUCAGAAUACUUGCAGUUGGCAUCUGUCACAGAAACCACACAGGUGAAUGUUCCCAGGCAUUUGCCAUUCAAGAUUGGGAAGAUAAAGGAGGCCGCGUGUGGAGGGACUGGCAAUGUUGUGCUGACGGAAGAAGGAAAUGUUUUUGUCUGGGGAUAUGGAAUUCUUGGGAAAGGACCAAACCUAAUAGAGACAGCAGUGCCAGAGAUGAUCCCACCCAGCCUUUUUGGCUGGUCAGACUUCAAUCCGGACAUCCGUGUUGCUCACGUUCGCUGUGGACUCAGCCAGUUUGCGGCACUUACAAACAGAGGAGAACUGUUUGUAUGGGGCAAGAAUCUAAGAGGGUGCCUGGGAACUGGAAGAAUCGAAGACCAGUAUUUCCCAUGGAGGGUGACUGUACCCGGUGAGGUGGUGGAUGUUGCGUGUGGAGUUGAUCAUAUGCAAGAGUACUUCACCCUCCAAACACCGCCGUGCAGUCAGCUUUGGCUUGAAAUAGCCUGGAAGUGCCUCGGGAUGAGCUGCUCGCAUGGAGCCGUGGUCGUGUACAGCUCUAAGCACGUCGGAGCAGGGCUGAGACAUGUUAUCGGCAGCCGGGGCCGGGGGGCUGCAGGAGAGAAGGGGUUCUUCAGCUCCUCCUUGGUGAGAAGCGUGUGGCAAUGGCACUGCGCAGCCGCGUUGUUUGCCGAGCCUCGGCCAGCACCCAGCAGCGACCACCCUGAGACAGUCCACGAGGGGAUGACAAUUGUCCCCGUCCCUCCUGGGGUGCUGGCGCGGGGGAGGCCCCGCUGGGGCUCACCAGGCUUCUAGGUGUCUUACACCCUUCUGUGAGCAGGUAGAAGUUAAGCCUUGCAAACAGACCAGCGGUAUCCCACUGCCUUCUUACUUUGAGGGAAUCAGAUGGGGCAGGUUUGGUGGCUCCCAGAGAACAGCUGCAGGACGGAGAAGAUGGUGGUGGGGUAAAACCCAUGCGCUGACUGGUCUGGGACCCCCAAGAGCCUCAGGGACGUCUGCAGACGUGGGUGUAUGUAGGCAGAGGGCAGUGGUGGGAAUAAGGCCCAGCGUGGCAGUCGGUCAAUAAAAAAGGAUGCGCUACAUCUUAUAGACAAUGCCAAGCUCUGCUUUAUUUUCAUCAGUUUGAUCAGUACAAAAGCAGACAGCGUAUGUUUCACUUCUUAUUCUUUUUCAUUUUAAUUAACACUUUACAAAGUACAAAAUAUACUGUCAUUUAUUUUGGAACAUUAGGGUUUUUUUCUUUUUUUUGUUUGUUUUUUUUUCUUUUAUUUUUUCCCCCCAUACAGUACAUAAAUCUCAGCUUUUCAGCAUAAGACCAGCAAAGAAAACAAGCGUGUGCACUCGCUGGGAAAGCAAAGC